AUGAGCGUCACGACCACCGAAUGUUUAGCAUCAGCUAACGAGCUGCUCGCGACGCAUAAUGCCCUCGUCUCUCGUCUCCGGAACACACAGAGAAACUUCCGCCGCCAGCUUAAGACCCUACCAUCUCCGCCCAAUGCGAUACUAAAGCUCCCUCUGAUCCCGACUCCUCCCCGUUCACCUUCACACUCACCGCCCUCGUCUCCUCUGCUGGUUCCUGUCCCCAAACCACAUAGACCGGACUUGCCCCCUGCAAAGCGCGCACGCCUGGCGCGGUAUAGCAAUUAUGUUCCUGAGGAAGAGACGAUAAGGAACGAUUACUCGCAGCGCUACGUCGAUGGAGGCGAGUGGCCGCAGAACUGGGUGCUGGGGGCGGAUCCGGAGCAUCGUUUCGAAGAGUACCCAAAGCAGCAGAGACUACUCGCACUGAAAAAGGCGGCGGUCGCUGCGCACGCCAUCCCACCAACGUUCCUCCCUUACUCCGAGCUGUCCUCACUACAAGGAUCUAAAUUCGACGUCAUCCUGAUAGACCCUCCUUUCUCUUCUUCGUUCACCUGGGAUGAUUUACAAGACCUUCCCAUACCCGCCCUCUCGGCGGACCCCUCGUUUGUACUUCUAUGGGUAGGAAGUGGAUCAGGAGAAGGGCUUGAACGCGGUCGCGAGGUGAUGGCGAAGUGGGGUUUCCGGAGGUGCGAGGACAUCGUGUGGGUGAAGACGAAUAAGACGUCGAACAAGGGCCCUGGGGUACGUUCGCUCGUUCUUGCACGGUUAACAUAUAUUGACAAUGGUAGCACCUCAGACGGACCCACCCACUACGUCCCUCCUCACCCGGACAAAGCAGCACUGUCUUAUGGGCAUACGCGGCACCACACGGACGUCCUGAUCUGGGAAGGGGAUUCCUCAGACCCGACGCUGAAGCCACCCGAAAUGUACACGCUCAUCGAGAACUUCUGCCUCGGGCUUCGCCGGCUCGAGAUCUUCGGCCGCGCGCGCACGACGCGCCGCGGGUGGGUCACCGCGCUCGCCGAGGGCGAGGAGGACCGCAUUGAGGAAGGCAUGACCUUGGGGGAUGAGGAGGGCCAGGAGGGCGCGAUGCGCUGGAACAGGGAGACGUGGGAGGCGAGGAUCAAGGACCUCGCGGGCGGCGGGCAGAAAUUGGUCGUGCCGGUGACCCCAGAUAUCGACGCGCUUCGCCCGAAGUCGCCUGUGCGAGGCGGGUCGACGAACGCAGGCGCGGGCAUGAUAAAUUCCGCAAUGUCCGCCGGCUCUCCCAUGCAGCUUCCGCUGUCAAUGACGGUCUCCGGCGGAGCUGCAGGUGGGGGCGGGGGACGCGGCGGCGGAGGAUUCGGGAACCAAGGUCGGGGAAUGAUGGGUCCCCCCGCGAUGCUGCCGAUCAACAGCAUGAACACGAUGGGCGGAGACAUGGGCGGUAUGGGCAUGAUGGGCGGCUGGGGUGGGGACAUGGGUAUGCCCGGGCUCGGUAUCAACGUCAGCGUGGGCGGGAUGGGGAUGGGAGGUAUGAACGCCAUGGGUGGCCCUAUGGGCGGGAUGAACGCUAUGGGGAUGGCCGGAAUGGGCCAGCAGGGGAUGGGCUUCCGCGGCGGGGGCGGAGGGCACGGCGGAGGGCGCUUUGGCGGUGGAGGGUUCGACGGAAACAUGGGCAUGGCCGGGGGCGGGAUGGGCUGGAUGGGGAACGGGGAGGGUCAGUUCAUGGAUGGAGCGGGUGGGGGCAUGUGGGAUGGCGGGAUGGGCGAGGGCAUGAUGGGCAUGAGCGGGAUGAACAACAUGGGCGGCAUGAACAAUAUGGGAGGAAUGGGAGGAAUGCGGAUGGGUAUGAACUCGGGGAUGGGACACAACAUGAUGGGGAUGGGGAUGGGGAUGGGGCAGGGGAUGGGACAAUGGAGCGGGGAGGGUUUUUAA